UUGGCCAGUGAUAAAUGUCAGUUGUCACAAGCAUGAUGGAAGCAACAUAAAAGUGAUAAGAAAUGAUCUGAAAUGUUCAUUACUUUUUGAUUUAAAUCGUUCUUUAUCUGCGUUAUUGUAAUGUAGUUAUUCGGAGGUGUGCGUCUAAAAAAUUUUUAACAAUGUCUUCGCUGGCGAUGCAGCAGUUUGUUGCGGGGUUGAAAUCCCGUAACCCUGACUUUCGUCAAAAAACAGCUCGAGAAUUAAGCUUAUACGUGAAGAGCGAACUUCGAGAGGCCACCCCUGAUGAAAUAACCAGUUUUUUGGAUGACUUCAACCAUCAUAUCUUCGAAAUGGUGUCGAGCAAUGACCCUAAUGAGAAGAAGGGUGGAAUUUUAGCCAUUGUUUGCUUAAUUAGUGUGGAUUUUGGUAACAUGACAACUCGAAUAUCUCGUUUUGCCAACUACUUGAGAAACUUGCUUCCUUCAAGUGAUGUUAGUGUCAUGGAGUCAGUUGCUAAAACUAUGGGUAGACUGGCACUUGUUUCUGGAUCUAAAGCAUCCGAAUAUGUUGAAUUCGAAGUAAAACGGGCUUUUGAAUGGUUGACUGGAGACCGAAUUGAAGGCAAGCGGCAAGCCGCUGUACUGGUUUUGAAAGAGCUGGCUUUAACAAUGCCCACAUACUUUUAUCAGCACGUUUCUCAGUUUUUUGAUUUGAUAUUUUUUGCAAUACAAGAUCCAAAGCCAGCCAUCAGGGAGAGUGCCGUUGAAGCAUUGAGAGCUGCUUUAGUGGUGACGGCACAGAGGGAGACUGCUAAGCAGAAUCAGAGGCCCCAAUGGUACAAACAAUGCUACGACGAAUCCGUAAAAAUGCUGUCUGUCGAGCGAGGCGAGCGAAUGAAAGAAGAACGCGUGCACGGUUUCCUUCUUAUAAUAAACGAAUUAGUUCGCUGUUCAAACGCAGAUUGGGAGCGCAAAUACAAAAGUUUACUUGAACGAACUGAUACUAAACAAACCGUCGAAACUAGUUUCAAUUUCACAAAGUCACGGUUCGUUUUCUCAGUCAGCAGACGCAUACCUCAGUACCAAGCAGUGUCUUUAGCUCCUUCUCAAAUCGCCAUCAUAGAAUCACAAAUCUGCCGUCAGCUUGUCUCCGAAAAAUUUGACUACAUGUGUUUGGACGUGUUGUCUCAAAGACUGUCACGCUCUUCGCACAUACAACAAAGUUUCUUAACUAUUUUGCCGCGUUUAGCAACGUUUGACCGAGGAAACUUUGUCAAACAACAUUUAAGUACUGUGAUGAACCAUAUUUUUAACAUUAUUAAGAGUAGAGAAAAAGAGAGAGCCAAAGCAUUUGUAACGAUAGGAAUGAUCGCCAUAGCUGUGGAAUCCGAUAUAGAGCCUUACGUUGAAAGGAUAAUGGAAAUAAUCAGGAUGUAUCUGCCUAGAGGAGAUAUCUUAGGCCGGAAGAAGAGUCCCAUUGACGCUUCCAUUUUUAAUUGUGUUACUUUCAUGUCGCAUGCCCUAAAAAAUCACGGAAAGAUGGAAAUACCCAACCUACUCGAACCUAUGUUAGCUACUGGACUUACUGCUUCUUUGACAAUAUGUCUGAGAGAACUGUCACGUAAGGUCCCAGAACAUAAAGAGAAAAUUAGUUUGGGAUUGUUAAAAAUGCUGUCUUACAUUCUUCUCAACAAGCCUUUAGUCCAUCCAGGAAUGCCUCGUCAUCUUACCGGAACCGUCAUGUCUUUGGGAAUCCCCGAAGUGAGCGACACUCAAAUUAUAGUACUUGCAUUAAAAACACUAGGCACUUUUGACUUCGAAGGCCAGCGUUUACUCCCGUUUGUUCAUCGUUGUGCUAACCACUUCUUGGUUCAUGAUAAUAACGAAAUUCGAUUGGAGGCAGUUCGCACAACGUGUCGUUUGCUGAGACAUGCAAUUCAUAGUACGGCUAAAAACUCCUCUGAAACGGUCACUAAAACAGUGGCUGCCGUAUUGCAUAGACUGCUUAGUGUGGGUUUGACAGAUACCGAUCCAAACGUUAGAUAUGGGGUUCUUAUUUCUUUAGAUCGCACUUUCGAUAACCAUCUAGCCCAGGCCGAGUCUUUAAGUGCAUUGUUUGUAGCCUUGCAAGAUGAGAUGUUCGAAAUUAGAGAAGUGGCGCUUUUCACUAUUGGAAGGUUAAGUGCCAUGAAUCCAGCCUACGUGAUGCCCUCACUUCGAAAAACCUUGGUGCAGCUGUUGUCAGAACUGGAGCACUCGGGAAGUGGAAGAAAUAAGGAGCAGGGAGCGAGAAUGGUGGAUCAUCUGGUCGUGAGUGCUCCGAGAAUGAUACGCCCAUACAUGGAACCUAUUUUAAAGGUUCUUGUUCCUAAACUCCGUGAUCCUGAGCCUAAUCCAGGCGUCGUUCUCUCCGUCCUUCUAACUAUCGGCGACCUAGCAGAAGUGAGCAGCGGUGGUACCGAACUCCAAGAAUGGAUGCAAGAACUGAUGGGCAUUUUAUUGGAAAUGUUAGGCGACGCUUCAGCCCCAGAGAAACGAGGGGCUGCCUUAUGCACUCUCGGACAACUUGUUGGUGUUACCGGUCAUGUGAUCCAACCAUACACACAGUAUCCGGUGUUGUUGGAUGUGUUGCUGAAUUUUUUGAAAACUGAACAGCAAUCGUAUAUACGGAGGGAAACGAUUCGAGUUUUGGGACUUCUAGGUGCCUUGGAUCCGUACAAGCAUAAAAUAAACCGAGGAGAAAUCGACUAUUAUCCAGAAGCACCAGUUUUGAUCCCCAUGACUGAUAAAGGAGAGGAUUUGAAUGCUGAUUUAACAUCGAGCGAGAUGUUAGUGAACAUGAGCUCUAAUACUCUGGAGGAGUAUUAUUUGGCGAUUGCUAUAGCAACUUUGAUGAGGAUUAUCAAAGAUCCUACUUUGGCACAGCAUCACACUAUGGUUGUUCAAGCAGUUACUUUUAUUUUCAAAAGUUUGGGAAUUAAGUGUGUGCCGUAUAUUUCACAAGUUUUGCCCAGUUUGUUGUAUGUAGUGAGGACAGCUGACGUUAAUUUCAAAGAGUUUUUGUUCCAACAACUUGCACAGCUGAUCUACAUCGUUAAGCAACACAUUCGAAAUUACUUAGACGACAUAUGUCAAUUGAUUAAAGAAUUCUGGACACCAAGUAGUACCAUCCAAGGCACACUUAUUUUAUUAGUAGAACACAUCGCAGUUGCACUGGGUGCGGAAUUUAAAGUAUAUCUUCCAAAAAUGCUGCCUCACAUUUUACGUGUUCUAAAUCAUGACACUUCGAAGGAGAGAUUAUACACCAUUAAACUUUUAGAAGCCUUGCAUAAUUUUGGCAAUAAUUUAGACGAGUAUAUGCACCUGAUUUUACCACCAAUCGUGCGAUUGUUUGAUGCGCAAGACUGUCCACUAGUUGUUUCAAAAAAAGCUCUAGAAACCAUCGACCAGUUAGCGGAAAUUAUCGAUUUCUCCGACUUCAUUUCGAGAAUUGUACACCCUUUGGUCCGGACAAUCGAUAAUUGUCCAGAAUUACGACCAACAGCAAUGGAUACCUUGUGUUCUCUUAUGCAACAAUUAGGACGUAAGUUUAGCAUUUUUGUACCUCUGAUACAAAAAGUGAUGUCAAAACAUAAAAUACAGCAUAGUAAGUUUGAUAUGCUAGUGUCUAAGAUACAAAACGAAACAACGUUGGCAGAAGAUGGCGAUUUUCCAAUGCCUAGAUCUAAAUCUAGUCUGAAAAAUCGUGAUCCUGCGAUGCCUGCAGACAGCGGAAUGAUACAAAGAUUGAAGGUUUCUGAAUCUAACCUCCAACAGGCUUGGACUCCGGUUCGUAGAGUUUCAAAAGAUGAUUGGUUAGAGUGGCUGAGGAGGUUAAGCAUUGAACUUUUAAAACAAUCACCAAUUCCGGCGUUACGUUCGUGUUUGACUUUAGCUCAGACUUAUUCACAGUUACCUAGAGAUCUUUUCAACGCAGCUUUCGUCAGCUGUUGGUCGGAACUUGGUGAAAGCAUGCAAAAAGAACUGAUUACGUGCUUGGAACAAGCGCUUACAGUGCCUGAUGUACCGGAAAUUACACAAACUAUUCUAAAUUUGGCUGAAUUCAUGGAGCACUGCGAUAAGGGACCAUUACCACUGGAUACACACAUUUUGGGAUCCCACGCUAUGCAUUGUCGAGCGUACGCAAAAGCGUUACAUUACAAAGAAGAAGAAUUUCAAAGAGGAGCUAGUAGUCAAGUAGUUGAAGCUCUUAUUUCCAUUAAUAAUAAAUUACAGCAAAAAGAGGCGGCUGAAGGGUUGCUGCAGUACGUUAUGCAGCGAGACAUGCAAGUGCAAGUGAGGUGGUACGAAAAGCUACACAACUGGGAAAAAGCCUUACGUUUAUAUAUCGAAAAAAUGGAAGUAGAUAACGCGGACCAAGAAGCUUGUUUGGGAAGGAUGAGAUGUUUGGAAGCUUUAGGAGAAUGGGGCGAACUUCAUCAAAUUGUAGAAAAGAACUUUAUUGUAUUGUCAGAUGAUAACAAACAGAAAGCUAGUAGAUUAGCAGCAGCCGCUUCGUUUGGCUUACACGAUUAUAGAUCCAUGGAAAGGUACGUCAACGUGAUACCAAGAGAUACUCAAGAUGGUGCAUUUUACCGUGCCAUUUUAGCUAUACACAAAGAAGAUUACGAAGCGGCUCAAAGAUUUAUCGAUUCCGCUCGUGAUCUUCUGGAUAAUGAAUUGACUGCAAUGGCAGGCGAGUCUUAUCAGCGGGCAUACGGUGCUAUGGUUAUGGUUCAAAUGCUGUCUGAAUUGGAAGAGGUGAUGCAAUAUCGUUUAGUUCCUGAACGCAGACCCACGCUCAAAGCUAUGUGGUGGCAAAGGUUGCAAUCUGGGCAGAGACUGGUUGAAGAUUGGCAGAGAAUCAUUCAAGUUCAUUCGUUGGUUUUGACGCCCCAAGAAGAUAAAAGAACGUGGGUAAAAUAUGCUUCCUUGUGCAGAAAGAGUGGUUCUUUGAUGCUUUCCCAAAAAACGUUAGUGAUGUUGCUGGGGUACGACCCGAGCGAACGCCCUGAUAUGCCCCUUCCUAAAAACCAACCCCACGUAACUCUGGCCUACACGAAACAUUUAUGGGUUGCUCAAGAAAAACAGAAGGCCUAUCAGAAGUUGUCACAGUUUGUAGCAGAAUAUACGCACAGCGAACCUAGCGAUGAUGUUACCAUUGAAGAGAAAAAGCGACUCCUGGCUCGAUGUUAUCUGAAGUUAGGUGCCUGGCAAGAAGUUUUAGAAGGAAUAAAUGAGACGUCAAUUCCGUUUAUUUUGAAAUGUUACAAACAAGCGACUGAGCAUGAUCCGCAGUGGUACAAAGCUUGGCAUGCUUGGGCUUAUAUGAAUUUUGAAACUGUGUUGUACUACAACCAUCAGGAAGAGAAAACCCACUACACCGUUUUAGCUGUUCAGGGUUUCUUCAAAUCGAUUAACUUAUCGAAGGGAAGUUCGUUACAAGAUACGCUACGUCUUCUGACUUUGUGGUUUGAUUAUGGCGACUGGCCUGAAGUAUACGAUGCCAUUGUUGAAGGAAUAAGACUCGUGGAAAAGAAUACGUGGCUUCAGGUUAUACCUCAGUUGAUUGCUAGGAUUGAUACGACGGCGUUAGUCUCUAAGUUAAUUAAUCAUCUUCUCGUGGAUAUCGGAAAAACGCAUCCCCAGGCUUUAGUGUAUCCAUUAACAGUCGCUACCAAAAGCAACUCGAUACGUAGAAGAAACGCGGCUAAUAGUAUAUUGAAAUCGAUGAGCGAACAUUCGCCGACUUUAGUCAGUCAGGCCAUGAUGGCCUCUGAAGAACUAAUCCGUGUAGCUAUUUUAUGGCAUGAAAUUUGGCAUGAAGGUUUAGAAGAAGCCUCAAGACUAUACUUUGGGGAACGAAAUGUUAAAGGAAUGUUGCGCAUUCUUGAACCCCUUCAUGCGAUGAUGGAACGUGGCCCACAAACAUUAAAAGAAACUAGCUUCAAUCAAACCUACGGGAGAGACUUGAACGAAGCUCAAGAGUGGUGUCAAAGAUAUAAGCUCUCAAGCAAUAUACGGGAUUUAAACCAGGCCUGGGAUCUGUACUAUCAUGUGUUCAGGCGAAUUUCGCGCCAGCUACCUCAACUAACUUCACUCGAACUCCAGUACGUGUCUCCGAAUUUACUAGUUUGCCAAGAUCUAGAAUUGGCCGUGCCUGGCAGCUACAGUCCGGGUCAACAAGUGGUUAGAAUUGCGUAUUUCAAUAGAUCUCUGGAGGUAAGCUGGCAGAGCAGGGCGGUAGAUAUUUUAAAAAUAAUGUUACAGGUGAUCACUUCAAAGCAGCGUCCAAGAAAAUUGGUGAUCAGAGGCAGCAACGGAAAAGAAUACAUGUUUUUGCUCAAAGGUCAUGAAGAUUUAAGACAAGAUGAAAGAGUCAUGCAGUUAUUUGGUUUAGUAAAUACCCUUUUGAUGAAAGAUCCUGAUACAUUUAGGCGUAAUUUGACAAUCCAAAGGUAUGCCGUCAUUCCGCUUAGUACUAAUUCGGGUCUGAUAGGGUGGCUACCACACUGCGACACCUUACACACGCUGAUCAGAGACUACCGCGACAAAAAGAAAAUUUUGCUUAAUAUAGAACACAGAAUUAUGUUGCGGAUGGCUCCCGAUUAUGAUCAUUUAACUGUAAUGCAAAAAAUGGAGGUGUUCGAGCACGCCCUGGAACAUACACAUGGCGACGACUUAGCUAGGUUAUUGUGGUUGAAGAGUCCUUCAUCUGAAGUGUGGUUUGACAGAAGGACAAAUUACACUAGGUCAUUGGCUGUGAUGUCAAUGGUGGGAUACAUUCUUGGUUUGGGAGACAGGCAUCCUUCUAAUUUGAUGUUGGAUAGAUUAAGUGGCAAAAUCCUUCACAUAGAUUUUGGGGACUGUUUCGAAGUAGCCAUGACACGGGAAAAAUUCCCCGAAAAAAUUCCUUUCCGUUUGACCAGGAUGUUAAUAAACGCGAUGGAGGUGACUGGAAUUGAGGGAACGUACAGGAGAACGUGCGAGUCUGUGAUGUCUAUGUUACAUAGAAAUAAAGACAGCUUGAUGGCUGUAUUGGAAGCUUUUGUAUAUGAUCCGUUACUCAAUUGGAGACUGAUGGAUAUUGAGGUUCGGAAUUUGCCGAUGAAUAAUGAUUCAAUGUCGACCAGUUGUUCGCAAAAGCAAGACUUGUCUGAAUCGUUAAAUAUUCCGAAAAGAGAGUUGUUAAUGGCAGAUGAUAACGAACCACAACAUGAAGUUAAUGCAAGGGCGGUUAUUAUUAUUAAUAGGGUGCGGGAUAAGUUGACUGCGAAUGAUUUUGGAACGGAGGAACCACUAACUAUUCCAAAACAAGUAGAUUUGUUAAUACAGCAAGCCACGAGUAAUGAAAAUUUAUCCCAAUGCUAUAUAGGUUGGUGUCCGUUUUGGUAACUGUUUCUUUUUUUCUUUCAGUACAAUUAUGUCUUGAGUACAAAGGUGAUAUAGUUAGGUUUCAACAUUCUUCAUAACAAUAUGUGAAAUAUAUAUCCAAACAAAUCUUUGUAGUUAUUAGUUUGUAAAAAAAGUAAUUACGUAAUUAGAAUCACAAAUAUUAAUUCAAGGCCGUUUUAUAAGUUUAAAUGUUCGCCUAACUAAAUCACUGAUUAGAUAACAAAAUGGAUUGUUUUGCCUUUCCAAGAUUUAUAUCUGGUCGUUUUCGUGAUAAAGCGCUUGUCAAGUAAUACUUAAACACAUUGGAGAGUGUGUUAUCUACCUUCUACUUAGUUUUGUUUAUCUAUAUCUUAUUUUUUAUAUUAUCUACUAAAAAUUAAAGACUUAAUAUUA